UUGAAAAGGGCGGAACUAAAUAACAUUUUACAUAACCGGGCUGUUUAAUGAUAUUGUAACGUGUCAUGUAAAAUUCCGGGGCAAUAAAAACACCUCAGCCUGCUCUGUCCCUGUCCCUGUCCCUAAUUUAAUUACAGCGAAUGUUUCAUAGACUGGAUAUUUACUCGACGUAGUUUCACUGUCGAGUGUUUUUAUUGUUAUUAUUAUUAUAAUUGGGCUUUAUUUUACUUGUUUUGUUUCGCCGUGAGAGGGAAAACAGUCUGACGAAUUGUUUCGGACCAUGUGAUCCGGCUAGCUAACUAAGUUGAAUCACCGGAACGCACGCAUUUCGCCUUUCAGCUUACACAACGCGUUCAAGUGCUCCGUUUAACCGUGUUUCAUAUCAUUUAACAGCGUUAUUAUUCAAACAAAGAAUGUUAUCAAGCCAGAGCUAUAAUUAGCCACCAGUACAUAGUUUCAGAGAAACGAAGAGCAUUUGGAAGCGAGGCAGGCAGCUUUCAGUCUGAAGAGGCGCAUUAGCUUCAGUGCUAUGUUAGCUAGCCUAGCUGACUUGGUCGAAAGCCGAGGCUGUUUAUUUCACAUUAAUUAUUUAAGCAACACUAAGAAACAUUUGGGUUAUUGAACACUUCGUGAGGAAUAUAGUGCUUUGAGACGUGUUCGUGUUUUAAGUAACUUUUUCGUCACCUAAAAGUGGGAGAAUAAAACUUUUAAGCAGGAAAUGUAAUGUAUUCGUGUAUUGGAAGGUGAUUAGUGAAUGUUACAGUAAUAAAGUGUUUGUUUUUAGUGCUGAGGAUGAACUCAGGAGCUGUGGAAAGUGUGUGAUUAGGGAGCACAGGGUGAGGAGCUGUUCUUGUGACUUCUGACUCUGGUUAGUGUAAUUACUUGCGACUCUAAAUGUACGUGGCGUUUCAGAUCUAAGAUAUGUCUGAUCAAGUCCAUAUUAACACAUUGUGCACUCGACGCCACCGUCGUUCAGGCGGCAUUUCCGGCACAGGCUGCAUUCUGCCUGUGAGUGAGUGAGUGAGUGACACUGACACGUGGUCUCAGAGAGAGAGAGAGAGAGAGAGAGAGAGAGAGAGUGUGCUCAGAAACAACAGAAAAGGGAGGGAUCGAGGACGAGUAGCUUGUGUCACAUGAUCAUGUCAUUUAGUUCUGGUUUCAUGGCUGAAAGAGUAUCCACUUCAACGCCUCACACUGUAAACACACAACAGUCAUGCACAGCUUGUACAUAAUAGUCCAGUGUUGUUUAGGUGACGUGAUCAUCCCUGUCAUCACAGUGGUGAACAACUCUUUUGUCAGCGCUGGGGGUCAUACUUGGUGGUUGUAGAAAAUUUCCAACAAAAAACAUAUAUGUACCUCCAAUGCCGUAACCAAAUUGAUAUGACAAGAUUAUACAUUUUUGCGUUGUAUUGUACAACUCAUCAUUGUAACAUGCUGGAUUGUGUAAAUGAUACAACAUUAACGCAAAGGAGACAAAACAGACGAAGACCCUCCAAGUUUGAUGGGUCCGAUAAUCGGGAUGUCUCCAGAUAAGAAAGCCGAGUCUCCAGGAUCUCAGGGUAUGUGCGGAGCAGGAACUCUCCCAGAAGCAGAAAGCGCCUCCAGUCCACUAGCCACUAGUCUGGACAGGAUCGGUCCCUCCGGGGCUGUGAGCAGGUCUGGACUCGAACCUGAGGACGAUGAGCUGACCAAUCUGAACUGGCUCCACGAGAAUCUGCUGCAGAACUUCACCCUGGGAGAUGCGCAGUCUUGCAGCGGGCCUUUGUUUGACAUUGAGGGCAGUAUGGGCUCUCCACGUGGACACAGUCUGUCCUCUUCCUCCUCUUCUUCUGUCUCGUCUGGGAGUCCAGGCAGUGAACGGGAUCCCCUUAAAUCCAAGCCUCCUUUUUCCUUCUCCCUUCUGAUCUACAUGGCUAUUGAACAGUCUCCCAGUAAAUCUCUUCCUGUAAAGGACAUCUAUGGAUGGAUCCUGGAACACUUCCCUUACUUCUCCAGCGCUCCCACUGGCUGGAAGAACUCGGUGCGGCACAACCUGUCUCUGAACAAGUGCUUCCGCAAGGUGGAGCGUGGCCUGGGGAAGGCCAAUGGGAAAGGCUCUCUGUGGUGUGUUCACCCUGAGUUCCGGCCCACGCUGAUGCAAGCCCUGAAGAAACAGCACUUCCCAAGCGCACAGGCUUUCUGCACGCCACCUGCCUCUCCUCCCAGUGCCUCGUCUCCUCCUUGUCACCUGUUCUCCUUGGAGCAAGGCUACUCUCUAAAGGAAUGUGAUUUUGAUGCUGCCACUGCCAUGAUGCUGUUAAAGUCUGCCUCAGAGCAGAACAUUGACCCAUAUGAGCAAGAGGGGCCGAUUGAUCUUUCCCGGAGGGAUCUGGUGGUGGUAAGCCGGGAUCCAAAACAGGACCACAACUACAGCAGUGUCCCCGUAUCUCCCUCUCCUCGGCAGACGACGGGUUCCAGUGCUGCCACACACGGGCAACAAGAAAGAGCAGGCUGGGCAAAUGGUAGUCACCCUCCGUUAAAGAGGGCCAGACAUGAUCCCAAGCCUGAGCUGGAUGAAGAGUUGAAGGAGGCAGCUGGCUCACUCCUGCACCUAGCAGGCAUUCGCACCAGCCUCGGUGCCUCAAGACGCAAGAGCAGGAAGCUGGACAGGAAAUGAAGCCUGGCUCUUUAGCCUGCUUACCCUUUAUUUCCCUUUACACCCCUCACUAUGUGACUCGUUCCUGUGGCCUGUCCCGGCCUCUCUCCUCUGGUUGAAGUUAAUUUGUUUGAAAUUAAUCCUUUUUUUUUUCUCAAAAUAUUCCAGUCAUCUCAUCCAACGGGCAAUACUAACACAAACACAGGAGAGAAAAGCCAUACUGACACUUUCUUUUGUUGUACAGAAAAGAUUAGGAGAAACAAAAAAGAAAAAAAAUCAAAUCACCCAUCAACCUAUGUUCACAACUAAAAGAGUUUGAGGGGAGAAAAAAGAGAACUUUGGGGAGGGGGAAAAACUCAGAGGAGAUUUGCAUGCUUCCACCUCUAAAAAAAAAAAAAACACCACAAAUGUAUAUAUCUUGAGAAUGAAUGCAUGACUUUCACAAGUGGCUUGGGCUUCAGCAUAAUGAUGAAAAGCUAGAUAAGAAAAGAAGAUAUAAAAGUGCCAUUGAUUUUGGAUCAUAAGACUUCAGUUAAGAAAUAUGAUACAAAGAUAAAUGCAAUAAUUAGUUGACCUAAAUACUUGUAGUUAUUUUAUUUUUGUACUGCUGUUUUUUGUAUUUCGUCUGGUAAAGAUGACGUGUCCCCUGGAGCCCCGUGCACUCGUAGCUAUGAUGUCAAAACCAUGUGACUUUUCUCUUCAUCCUGAUUGGAUCAGUGCCCUAACCCCAACCUCCCUGAGCAGUAUCAUUGUAGUGGAGAGAACAGCAUGAAAUCGGAGCUGUGGCUCUUUGCGUUCACUUCAGUAUUUAUCUGACGAUUAUCUCUGUAGUAAGUGUAGUCCCGUGCCAUUACGUAUCCAGAAUUAAUUCCCCACAUACGUUUACAUGUGUGUCACUUUAGCAUAUAAGCAUCUAUAGGACACAAUGCAGUGAGGCGGAUAUAACCAAGAACUUUUUUCUCUUUUCAGCAGCCCAUUUCUUUAAGCAUCACUAUUAUCCAUGUUAGACUUCUAGCUGUCUGAUUGAUUUGAUACGAAUGCUGAGAGAAGUCAGAGGGCAGGGUUUUCGAAAUAAAUCUUCUCAGUGGACAUUACUAGGAGCUGUAUGCAUGGGGCUUGUGCUUCAGGCUUGGAUGUAGCACUCCGCUGCACAGAUGACCUCGAGAGAGUUGCUCUGGCUCGAGAGGAAACUGGAGACAAUGUGGACUCUGGAAGAAAAGCGGCUGUGGGAAGAAAGGAAAAAAACACUUGCCUUUCUGCAGCUCUGUAAAUGAGGAAGUCAUGGGAACGGACCUACAGGAAGCCAAACUGAUGAGACAGGAAACUGAUAUCGUCAGAACCUGCUACUACCAGGACUGGGUUUGGUGCGAGUACUGGACUUUGCAGACUCUCUGUCUAAACUCACACUUUGGUUUAUGUUUUCAUGAAACUGUCAGGGGUGUCACAGCUAUCUUUGCAACCCUCAUCUUUUUGUUUUGAUUAUUGUUUCAGGUUGAGUUCAUGUUUUAACUGCCUAAGUAAGUGAAAUACCACUCAUCUCUUUCUAGUGAUGGCUAAAUUAUGCGCUAAUCAGGAACGAUUGCACCUGACAGGCAGGUAAAUGCUACAGCAACUAACUGAGCCUGUUGAACCAUGGUGCUACUAAAAUCUUUUAGGACAUGUCCUGUGUCCUCUGUGUGUGUGUGAGCUCACUAGUCCUGUGGUACCUGUGAAGCUAUUCAGCAAAUUUCCUGAUGCGAUCUUUUAACUCUUCCCUAUUUAAUUGCAUCACUUUAACUGUUGCCAUUGUGAAGUUACUGCCCAAACACUUUUGCCAAGGCUGCCAAUUUCCCCUCAAUUUGUACAUAGUGAUAACACAGGAUGCAAGUAUUACUAGAGGAGGUUUAGAGGAGAGCGACAGAGCCGUAGUGUUAGAUUUAAAGGUUGUAAAAAGCAGUCACUUGCUUCUCCCAAAACAAGAAUAAUGACUUCUGAAUAUCUGACCCCUCUCUCUGUGAUACAGCAUAGUGAUAAUUGUUUUAUUAUUAUUAUUAUUAUUAUUAUUAUUAUUAUUAUUAUUAUUAUUAUUAUUAUGCUCCACUAAUUCAGAGCUGCCAAUCAGUUUGCUUGCAUUUGUCUGCCAUGUCUGUCUGACAGACUUCCAUCUUUUGGUUUUGUAAGCUAACAUCUGUUAAUAAAAUGUUUAUAAAGUUUAUUUUUGCCAAAGAUAUGCAAUUGUUGCAUUAUAUAUGGUAUUAAAAUAAAAAAGGGUUUCUUUUA